AUGGUACUUUCUUCCAACGGAGUUGCUACUACUACACAGCCACUUUUCUCUUUUGGAUUGAUUUCUGAUGUCCAAUAUGCUGAUAUUCCUGAUGGUCGCUCAUUCCUUGGUGUUCCACGAUAUUAUAGGCACAGUAUUCUUGUGCUGCAGAGAGCAGUUAAAGAAUGGAACACUCAUCAGAAACAUAAGUUUGUGAUUAAUUUUGGAGAUAUUGUUGAUGGGUUUUGUCCCAAAGAUCAAUCUCUUGGUGCUGUACAGAGAGUUGUGGACGAAUUUGAGAAGUUCCAGGGGGGACCUGUGUAUCAUAUGAUUGGCAAUCACUGCCUAUACAAUCUCCCUCGAAGCAAGUUACUUCCAUUAUUGAAGAUCCAAACGCUUGAUGGCCGUGCAUACUAUGAUUUCUCACCAGUGCCUGAAUACAGAUUUGUAGUUCUGGAUGGCUAUGACAUCAGUGCCAUUGGUUGGCCCCAGCAUCAUCCAAAAACAUUGGAGGCCUUGAAAAUCCUAAGGGAGAAGAACCCAAAUGAAAAUAAAAAUAGUCCAACAAGUAUGGAGGGGCUUGAAAGAAGGUUUCUAAUGUUUAAUGGAGCCAUUGGAAAUGGGCAGAUGGAAUGGUUGGAUGGUAUUCUCCUGGAGGCAACAAAAUUGAAGCAGAAGGUGGUUGUUUGUUGCCAUCUGCCUUUAGAUCCUAGUGCUGCAAGUGAGAAGGGACUUCUGUGGAAUUAUGAUGAAGUAAUGAAUUUGAUACAUAGAUACAAUUGUGUUAAGGUAUGUCUUGCUGGACAUUAUCAUAGAGGAGGGUACUCCAUUGAUUCUCAUGGGAUACACCAUAGAAUUCUUGAAGCAGCUUUGGAAUGUCCUCCUGGUACGGAUGCAUUUGGAAACAUUGAUGUUUAUGACGACAGGAUAUCACUUGUGGGAACUGACAGGAUGAAAAGUACAGACAUGCAUUUUAAUCCCUCAAAUUAA